GUCCAAUAAGUUAUGAUAGUAUUUAUUAGCAUAGUACUAUCAGCUGCACUGAUGGGUUACGUCUUUUGUUUCGCAGUGAGCAAAUAUACUGUGAGUAAAAGGAUUCAGCAAACUAGCGUGUUUAGAGAGACACUUUCAACACCCACGAGUGAGUAUUUAGCAUCAUGGAAGCAUUCGCAUGAGUCUCCGGAUACUUAUUUUGAUCACACAAAAGUUACCAUUGGCAGUAGGUCGAAUGCGGCUUUACAAACGAUUUUCGACUUGCUACUGAAGGAAUACAUCGACUUUUGGUAUAAGCCUUUGACUUCAAAUCCAGACUUCAUGAUCCAGCUGAAAAUGUUUGUACAAUAUGCUUGUGCUAUUAUUGUGCAGAGAGUGAAAAACGUUGAAUUUUCGGAGUUUCUCAUUCAUAGGUUUAUACCGCACUUCUUUGACCAUGUUGUAAAUAUCUUAUCCCUUGCUAGUUCAGAUAAAUUUAAUUCUACUCUUGUUGGUGAAGAGCAUAAUACUGUCCAGGCAAUGAAACAGAAGCAUUUUCAAAAAAGAUCUUUGAAAUCUUGUUCUGAAGAAAUUAUUUUAUGUGCUUUCGGUGAUCGAUUACAUCCAGCCCUGUAUUCUAGACAAGCUGAAGUAAUGUAUUUACGCGCGGUGGUGAGUCGUCUGUUACCAUUUUUGGGUCUGCCGCCUAGUCUUACUUGUCCAGAUAUACAUAAGUCAGGAGAACCUUCUGUUGAUCAUGUUCCUCGCGCUCGACGUAAUCGCAUGAUGCAUAUGUCACCUGGACGUUUACAGUCCAGUUCAGCCGUGCCAAAUAAGCCGUCAGUUCCUCGGAGUGCUUCCAGUGGUGCUUUGGGUUUUCAGAAGUUGGUGAAACUAGGAUGUAAUCCGUAAGUCAAGUACAUAUAUUAUCAUAUCUUUAUGUUUGUUUAUUACCUACU